ACUCGGUCACUUCGGUCAGCUCCAAUAAAAAAAACAAACAAUUAUUGAUUGUUAUGUAACCCACAUAUAUUGCUCUAUUACAAAUGGAAGCAAUCAGACGAAAAACCGGCAUUGCCGUCCCAACCAAACAGAGCACAGUCUCUCUGUCUCUCUCUGCUUGCUCCGCCUUUUUCUCUCUCUCUCUCUCUCAUAGUUUCGGAUAUUCCGAUACUUUCUGUCUCUAUAAAGCCUUUAGAAUUUUGAGUUUCAACCCUAUUGGAGUCAUAAUUGUGAUACUUGUAGAGCAAAUGAAGAACAAGCUCUUCCUCUGUUUCCGACCUGUUACCAUCGAAACAGAGACACAAUCCAACGAUCGGGCUUUCACUCGUCGCACAGUCGCCAACCACAUAAUUGCAAAGGUUUCUGUGAUUAAUAAAUCUCCUUUUUCUUCCUGUGAAAGUUCGAAAUAUUCAGAGAAAGUUAUUCAUGAUCGAAAAAGAGACACAAAAAAGAAGUCGUUUACUGGGGUUGUCAAGGCAGUUCUCUUCGAAGUUUCUUUGAGAAAGAAAGCUCGGGAUAGAAAAGCUCUUCAACUUAAAGUGGGUUCCAAAAUCAGUGAUUCAAGCGAAAGUGAUUUGUUUUCGGGGAUAUCAAAAUCACCCAACACAAAUUCUCAUUCAUUCGAAUCAUCUUCAAGUUCAUGCUCUUCCUUGGAUUUAUCACCGAACAAGUGUUGUGACUCACAGUUGAUAAAUUUGAGUUCAUUGAAUCUGAAAAAACAGAGCAUCAACAAAGAGAGUGGGGUUUCAAGUUCAAAAGCAGGGUUGUUGUUGAUUCUCAUCAUUCUUUCCUUCACUAUAUUUUGUGGUCGGCUCCGUGCUAUGUUGUUUACAUGGCUAUGGCUUUACUUGAUGUCUCGCAGGAGACGAGAGAUUGCAGGAAGAUAGUCAUGUAAUUGAAGGACUGCUCAAUUAGUUCAAUAUAAAUAUUUAACAUGAUUAUAUUGAUUUUUCUUAAAAUUUUAAUUUAUGUAUGAAAAAAUUAAGAAUUCCUUAGAUAUUGAUUUGUGAGUAUGUAUCAAUUUUAAUAAGUA